AUGGCACAUCUCCGACUGCCACUCCUCCUCGCAUUUAUCUGCCUCGCGAAUACCCUUGUCGUCGCCCAGUAUUCGGCCUACAACUAUGGCUUCGACGUUAAGAAGCGAGUCAAGCGCCAGCUCGGUCGCCGUUCAACCAUGGUCGUGCAAGAAAAGAUUGGGGGCGACAUACAAGUGCGCCAGGAGGUCCGGCAGGUCGAGAAGGAUCAGGAGCUGUGGACGCUGUAUAUUUUGGGUUCGAGCAUGUUGCAGUACACGGAUCAGGCGUCGCCGAUGUCGUACUAUGGGCUUGCGGGGAUACAUGGAAUGCCUCACCAGAGCUGGGGCGGCGUGGAACCGGUCACGGGGAACGAGAAUACCGGGUAUUGCACCCAUUCGUCAGUUCUGUUCCCGACAUGGCACCGGCCAUACAUGGCGCUGUACGAGAUGAUUGCUACAUUUUGGCCCGAGGACGAGAGACAGCGCUAUGAAAGCGCAGCCCGCAGAUUUCGGCUUCCCUACUGGGACUGGGCGGCCACCCCCCCUUCUGGGGAGAGCGUUCUCCCCAAGAGCAUUGGAGGGAGCCCAUUCAUCGAGGUCAACGGCCCCAACGGCGUCCAGCGGAUUGCGAAUCCCUUAUUCAGUUACAAUUUUAAGCCUCUCGACAGGACAGCGUUCAGCUCGGGCCCUUGGAAUGUCUGGACCCGGACACUCAGGAGCCCGUCGAGUAGCGGCGCAGACGCCCAGUCAAACAAUUCGCUGGUUGCCAUGAACUUGGAUCAGAACCGUCCUUCCAUCGCUCAGCGCCUCUAUGCUUUGUUCUCGAGCAAUGAUAACUACACCACGUUCAGCAAUAAUGCAGCGGGAGGAUCGGCUGAGUCGGUCGAAUCUUUACACGACACCAUCCAUAGUCUGGUCGGCGGUUUCGGGACCAGUCAGUCGACGACUCAACCUGGGCACAUGGCCUACAUUCAGUGGUCCGCCUUUGACCCUGUCUUCUUUUUGCACCACUGCAUGGUUGAUCGUAUCCUGGCUCUCUGGCAGACAAUCCACCCUGAUACCUGGGUUCCAACGUCGCAAGCGCUUUUGAACUCGUACACCACACGGAGAGGCCAGUAUAUAGACGCCAACACAGCCCUCACCCCCUUUUUCUCCAACAGCAACGGCACCUUCUGGACCUCGGACGGAGUCCGCGACCACACAAAGUUCGGAUAUACUUACGCCGAGCUGCUCCGCGGCCCCUCCGGCACCGCUCCCAGCGACAAGGUAACCCGGGUCAACACUGCCAAGCAAGCCGUCAACCGCAUGUACGGCUCCUUCAGCCCGGCCAGCCUCUUCCUCAAGGAAUUGCGCACCCAGCAGGGAACUGGUUUUGCCACCAGCCACAAGGCCCCGCACCACUCGCUGCUGCAAUCCAAGAUCUUUGUCGGCGCCGACGGCAGCACCAACAGCGACAGCGGCGACAGCUACCACGAGUGGAUCGCCCGCGUGCGCGUCAGCGAACAGGCCCUCGACGGCGCGUCGGCCGUGGUCUUCUUCCUGGGCGGCCCCGUCCCCGACGACGACCACCAGCAGGCCUGGGCAUCAGCGGCCAACUAUGUCGGGGCCAUGGGCCUGUUCACCGCGGCCCGGUCCAGCGCGUCGCAGGAGACGGACUCCGGCGCAGGCUCAGACAUGUCGCACGACGCCCCCAUGUCGGGAAGCGUGCCGCUGACGGCCGCGCUGGUGGCCAAGGUAGAGACGGGCGAGCUGGCGAGCCUCGCGCCGGCGGACGUGCAGCCGUAUUUGCGGGCGAACUUGAAGAAGGUCGUGCUGAGCCGCAAGGGGGGGAUGGUUGGUGAGCAGUGCCUCCCGGGGAUGGCUAUUCAGGUGGUGAGCUCGGUGGUGGCGGCGCCGUGGAGCGAGGAGGAGUUGCCGCGGUGGGGGGAGGCGACGGUGGGGUUGGAGAUGUGUUGA